AGAAGGCUUCCAUGCUGGGUAGGCCUGUAACGUGGAGUGUCCGUGGAUGCGUGGAUGAAGCAGAGGUGGCUGUGUUUGCAGCAGCAGGACCUCCUCCUCCCUCCUGCUUUCUCCUCCCGUGUGCGCAGUGCUGCUGCAGCCCGAAGCGCUGAGUGCAGCUGCCCGUUGAGACCACAGGCUAUGACCAUUUGAUGCACCGUUAGUGGAGAACAGCGGGGACGGCUUUCUUACGGGCCAUUCAGGAAGAAAAAACAAAGAAGCUAAAGCUGGUACAAUUAAAGGGAGUCCAUCCUGACCACGCUCCCUCUCUACUUUGGUUCCGACCUAGUAGAAUUUCUACAAAUGGAUAAUGGGGACUGGGGCCAUAGGAUGACUACUCCUGUUACCUUGAAUGUGGGAGGCCACCUGUAUACCACCAGUCUAUCCACCCUACAGCGCUAUCCAGACUCCAUGCUGGGUGCCAUGUUCCGGGGCGAUUUCCCCACAGCUCGGGAUUCCCAGGGGAAUUAUUUCAUCGAUCGGGAUGGAACACUUUUCAGGUACAUCCUGAACUUCCUGAGGACAUCUGAGCUCACACUACCAGUGGACUUCACGGAGACGGACUUGCUGCGGAAAGAGGCUGACUUCUACCAGAUCGAACCUUUGAUCCAGUGCCUUAAUGAUCCUAAACCCCUAUAUCCUCCUGAUAUCUUCGAGCAGGUGGUGGAGCUUUCUAGCACCCGGAAACUGUCCAAAUACUCCAACCCAGUUGCUGUUAUCAUCACACAGCUAACUAUAACAACAAAGGUUCACGCCCUGCUAGAGGGCAUUUCCAACAACUUCACCAAGUGGAACAAACACAUGAUGGACACCAGAGACUGUCAGGUGUCAUUUACCUUUGGACCAUGUGACUAUCAUCAAGAGGUUUCACUGCGCGUUCAUCUCAUGGACUAUAUAAUGAAACAAGGUUUCACCAUCCGGAACACUCGUGUGCACCAUAUGAGCGAACGUGCAAAUGAGAACACCGUGGAGCAUCACUGGACUUUCUGUAGGCCAGCACACAAAGUUGAGGACUGAUUUAGUGCACAAUUGUUGUGACAUUACUUUUAAAUGACUUUGUAUUACUCAAAUCAUUGGAAAAAAAGAAAGGAAAGAGCAAAAGUCCAUUCUGCUGCAGUGAAGUCUGAUCCUUUUUUUCUCAUUUUAGAAAUGAUGGUGCAUUACACAAAGCAAUAAGAAUAAAAUAUGAAAUAUUGUUUUGGCCACCCAGUUUUAAGACCAGACAACUCAAGUUUGUGUUUCUGCAAACUUAACAAUUCUCAGAAACCAAUCUUACAACUUGAUAAUGAAAAUGUUUAUAAAUGAUCCUUUAUUUAUUGUAGGGAGUCUAGUUCCUUUACGUAGUUAAUACUUCUGUACUCAAUUCAAGAUAACUCGUGUAAAUUUCAGAUCAUUUCCAAAGAAGAGUAAGAAAUAAUCGGAAAAUAAAAGCUGUCUUGAUUAAAACAGUCACAGUGUACACUUGGAGGUGUUAGGAGUGUACCUCUGCUACGGUAAAUAUUAUACCGAGGUUAUUUCUGUUCCAGUAGACCAGUGGUGAGUAGAAUUAGAGACUUAGAUCUCCUAACCCCUUUGUAUGGUACUGUUUCUCAAUCCCCUAAAAGUUGUUGCAUGUGUCUUGUGUAAUGUAUGUACCUGCUGUGAACGCUUUAUAAUGUUGUGCUUAGCUGUCAUGUCAAAGAAGAUGUGUUCCAUCGUCCCAGCCAAAAUAAAUCCAAUUGCUGUCUCAUUUUA